UAGGUGGGAUUUAGAAACAUACAACAGUGCAAGAAAAGAACUUAAAGAACUGAAACUGAUAAAAUCCUACGAUGAGGAAGUUUGUAAAAAUGCCACCUGUUUUAUCACUACAAACUCACAUAUCUGCUCUAAAAGGGAUAGAUACACAGAUCUUGUCUCCACAGAGUUUAAAUCCCCGUUAGAAAACCCGUUGGGUGGCGCCACGAUACAUAAUUCACAGAUAGAAUAUCACAUAGAAUCCAAAAGCACCGAUUUGAGACUUGGUUACAGAGGAACCUUCUGCCAGUAUUUGGAUACAUGUGCUCCAGCAGCUGUUACUUUUGAAGAAAUUGGAAGAUUUAUGCAUUCUUUUGACAAAGAUUCUUUUUGUAACCUGAAAAAUAAAAACGUUCUCUCAGACAAAAAAUAUAAGAGCAAUGAAACUAAAGAAGAGUGUGAGAAAAGAAAGUUUACUAAUAUAAGGGUGUGCCCGCAAAAAAUAUUUGAAUCAAAAGAUCAGGACGAAGAAGACCCAAGUUUUAAACUGUAUGAAAGUGCUAUGCCCAAACUAUGGGACAAACAAAGUAAAUCCAAGAACAAAAAAGACGAUGAAAGCAAAGAGAAAGGACAAGAUGAAAGCAAAGAGAAAGGACAAGAUGAAAGCAAAGAGAAAGGACAAGAUAAAAGCAAAGAGAAAGGACAAGAUGGAAGUAAAGAGAAAGGACAAGAUGAAGGUAAAGAGAAAGGACAAGAUGAAAAAAAUGAGAAAAUAAAUAAACAAGUGAUAAGUAAUAGAAUGGAAAUGUUUAAAGACAAAAACGUAGAAAUAGAUAAACCAAGCAAAGCAAAGAUUAAGAAAAGUAAGAACAAAAAGCACAAAAAGAGAAAAAAAGAUAAAAAGAAAAAAAACUCCAAAACGAAAAAUAAAGACAAAAAACAAGAAAAGAAAAAAUCUAAAAACGAGAAAGAAAAGGAUAACAAUGAAUUGCUGGAAGCAUUUAUUGAAAGUAUCGCUGAAAAUGCUAAGUUAGAUAACAAAAAUCAAUAAUAAAUGUAUCAAAAUUUUAAAUAAAAAAGCAAAUAAAAUUGCACA